UUUGUAGAGCCCAAGUUUCGGAGCCCUAAGUUUCGAAACAACAGUCUCUCUCUCUCACGGAGGCGACGACGAGCGGCGAUCGGCGACAGUGAUGGCUAGCGACGAUCGGCGAUCGGCAACAAUGGCGGCGAGCAGUCUGCAAUGUUCUGGAAGAGAUUUUGUAUGUGCUGUUCAGGGAUAUGCAGUGAGGUUUCUGAAGAAUAAUACCUCCCUUGUGCCGCUUGGCCUGGCUGAAGCUCCGGCAACACCUGACAGGGUAUCUGAUUUGGGCAUUCUGUCGUGGAAGGAUCACCUUACAGAAGAAAACCUCUUCUACGUGGUGCCCCCUGGUGCAAUGGAAACAUACAGAAAUUCAAUAGAAUCUCAUUUAGCCAAAGUUGAGAAAACUGGCAGUUGCAUCCAAGAAGAAGUAGAGACUUCUAUGUAUGAUGCUGCAGCAGACUAUGUAUCUCAAGGUGGUGCAUAUGAAGAGGAUGAAGGUGAAACAAGCACUUAUUAUUUGCCUGGAGGCUUUGAAGGUAACACGCCAUCAAAGUUUGGCCAGAAGAAAAGGAAGAACUUGACAAAAUCUAAUGAUGCAAGAGCAUAUGAUCUGGGAACUAAUUCACCAAUCAUGCAAUGCAUGGAAAAUAAAGUUGGGACUCAGCAGUCUGUGUUUGACCAUUUUUGUGUUGUCUUUGGAUUAGAUCAGUUCCAAGUUUGUAAUUGGCUACCGGAUGAUGACUUGAAGGAAAAAUAUCUGCAUAGUGUGAAAGUAGUGGAGAAGGCGGUGUUGAGAGCUGUAAUUUUCCCUUGUCUUUCCAUUCUGUUAAUUUGAAAUCAUCUGUGCCAUGGCAGACAUGAAGAUGUGAAUAAGAUAUAUGUGUUUAUUGCUAAA